UAUUACGUUAACGCCUUACGGACACCCGGUGGUGGGUUGGGCGCUGCCGGACCGUCAGUCGUUUCAUCGUCUCCUGCGCGUUCCUUUCUAUGUUGCCCGUCGCGGUCGUUUGAGCAGCGCAAGGUUUACCACAUUCGAGUUUCAUCAUCACGUUCGCGGCGGACGGUUGUUCUUGUCAGCCACUCUCACCAGCUUACCACAGGUUACCAGGUACACUAUAAGUCGACGGACGAACCGUUGAUAAGCCGCCCAUACACUGCUACGAUGUCUGUCGGUAAAGUUUUGGUAUACGGAGGAAAAGGAGCUUUGGGUUCGACAUGUAUAUCGUUCCUGUCGGCUCAAAAAUACUGGGUUGGAUCAAUUGAUUUACAACAGAAUGAUAAUGCUAACGCCAAUGUGAUUGUCAAACGUGAUGCUUCAUUAUUAGAACAAGAAUCUGAUAUUUUGAAGGAACUGGAUUCAGUUUUAGGAUCUGAUAAAAUAGAUGCUGUAAUAUGUGUUGCUGGAGGAUGGGCUGGUGGCAGCUCUAGUUCUGAAGAUUUUGUAAAAAAUACCGAUCUCAUGUUAAAACAAAGUGUUUGGAGCUCAGUUAUAGCAUCAUCUAUUGCAUCUAAAUACUUAAAACCUGGAGGCAUUAUAGUAUUGACUGGAGCUAAAGCUGCUCUAGGUCCUACACCAGGAAUGAUAGGCUAUGGCCUUUCUAAAGCAGCUAUACAUCAUCUAACAAAAUCUUUGGCUGAUGAAAAUGGCGGUUUACCAACAGGAGCUCAGGCUCUUUCAAUAUUGCCUGUUACUCUUGAUACACCAAUGAACCGUAAAUGGAUGCCUAAAGCUGAUACCACAACUUGGACACCAUUAGAGUUUGUAGCAGAAUUAUUUUCCAAAUGGAUUAAAGGUGAAGAAAGACCUCCUAAUGGUUCACUUGUUCAGCUCAACACAAAAGAAAAUAAAACUACUUUGGAUAUUGAAUAAUUUGCUUACCAUCUUAUAUAAAAAUAAUUUUGAACCUUCCAAUAACUAUCUGUUAAAUAAUAUUUA